CGGAAGCUUCUGGGUCUGAGGGAGACGGUAUCACAAGGAAGAUCUCAAAAUCUGAAUUCCAAACUGGAGUCAGUUCUGUUCUCAUUAUCUUCCUCAGUAAGCAAUGUCUUCUCCCGCUGAGUUUUAUCACUCUCUUCCGCCAAUAACCAAGGCAUAUGGCACUGCUUGCGUGUUGGCUACUGCCGCUUACCAUCUUGGAUUAUACAGUCCAAUUCAUAUUGCACUAUUGUACGAACGAGUGUUCUACGGUUUUCAGGUCUGGAGGUUAUUCACAAACUUAUUUUUCCUUGGACCAUUUUCUAUCAAUUUCGGGAUCCGUCUUUUAAUGAUAUUAAGGUACGGUGUCCAACUUGAGAAGGGACCAUUUGACAGACGGACUGCUGAUUUCUUGUGGAUGAUGAUAUUUGGUUCGUUUGCACUAUUAGUUUUGUCUGCGAUCCCUUUAUUGUGGUCCCCAUUUUUGGCAGUACCACUGGUUUUUAUGCUACUUUAUGUUUGGAGUAGAGAAUUUCCAAAUGCUCAAAUCAACAUAUAUGGGCUUGUUGCUCUUAAGGCCUUCUAUCUUCCAUGGGCAAUGCUUGCUUUGGAUGUCAUUUUUGGCUCGCCUCUUAUACCUGACCUCUUAGGUAUCGUCGCAGGACAUCUGUACUACUUUUUGACAGUGUUGCAUCCACUAGCAGGUGGAAAGAACAUUUUGAAGACGCCAAUGUGGGUGUAUCCUUCUAGUUUCCUGUUGCUUAAGACGUAAAUUGGUUGGAAGGUGGAGAAUUGGAAUGCAACCGAUUAGCCGUUCACAGGCUGCUAAUAACCCUCAGCCUGAGAGUGGAUCCGGAGUUGCUUUCAGGGGAAGAUCCUAUCGGCUUGGUGGAUAGAUGUAAUAGAGUGAGUUCACCUUCUUUUAUUGCUUAUUGACGCCACUGACAAAUGGAGCUGAACAUCAGUUGGGAAUUAGAAUGGGAGCAGAGUAUGAACCUUGACUGUUCGUUGAAAAGCAAACUUUCUUUUGAGGGAUCCUCAUAAUUUUCAAUGUAUUCUAUGCGGAGCUUUUACUUGUAAGAAAGAUUUAGUGAAGGUUUAUGAAUUAAUCAUCGAAUUUUCAUCCUGAA